CCUUACGUCCGUCCGUCCACCGUUUGGAUCUAUGGUUGUGUCGGUGGAUUUCGUGACGUUAACCUGGCGGCCCUGAAAACGUUGGACUGACGUACGAUUUCGACUACCCUUCUCGUUGGGGCGCGAAUGUAAGACGCGAGUGUUUUUUAAUCACCGUAGCCGCCGCACUGGAAUAUACCAUGGACUAGUUCGGGGCACUGCCGAGGCUCUUGCUGCUGCUGCCAUUACCACCACCACAAAGAUACAAGAAUAAGAUGGUAUUCGAAGAUGAAAUGUCCAGAUAAAACGAAGCAACCUGCGCCACAGUUUGAAAGCCAUUGAUUGAAUAUUAGAGAGGAAUCAACACAAUUAUUAAUUCGAAGAGCACAAAAAUUUUUAUUGGAAGGCGAAUGGAAACGAAACGUGCAAAAUACACGAAAAAGGCAGAAGAGUACUGCUGAUGGUGAAAGAAAUGAUCGAAUGGCAUAAACUUUAAGGAUAAAGGAACGUUGUUUCGGCUAUAUUUCGUGCAAUCUGUUGUGCGGCAAGUCGUGAAUGUGUGUAUGAGUGCACGCGACUCGUGUGUGCAUUGAAACUGUGCGCGUGUGUUUCUCGUUCUGCCAUCUUGAAAGUCAUCCAAUUUCUUUCCCUUGGCGGCACUGGCUCACGUGCGCGGGAAGCGUGCACAGUGCGUGCAUGGUACACGCACUGUGCUAAGUUGCUACAAACGAAGAAACCUAGUUUCGAAAGCAACUGUAAAAUAACGGUUCAUCGGCAGCACACAAUAGAACUACGAGAUGAAAGCGAAUUUGCCGAUAAAUUUAUUUCAUUGCGGGAGUGAUAACGAGUGUCGUAACAGCAGUAGCGAUAACAGUGGUAGGAGUAGGAACUACAACGCCGACAGCAGUACGCACGACAGUGACAGUAAGAAAAACGGAUAUGACAAUGGUUUUAGCGGUAACGAGAAAUCGCAAGUGGAAUAUAGUGUGCAAGUUAAGUGUGAGCCACGUGGCAGUGAUGAGAUUGUCGGGCAGUUGCAUUUCUGCGAGAUAUACCCGCACUGAUUGUGAGUGCUAGUAGAGAAGGAGAAAGCGGGAGACAGAGAGAUAGAAGCCACCAAGACUCUCGUGGAGAGCGGGGCACUGAAAGAUAUGCGGACCUUUGUGCGAACAGCUGAACCGGAAGUUGUGAGAACAAGUGGAGUGCAACGCGCUCCGCCUAAUCGGUGAUAGGAAAUCGUCGCUGGAGCAACAGCGCAAGAAAGAAAUUUGAAAAGUCGGUUAAGUUGUGUUACAAGUGUACGAUAUCGAGUGGUGUGGAACGCAUGAAAGUGUACGUAAGUUACCAGGAAGAGAGAGAAGCAGCGAGCGAACGCGGGAGAGUGAAAGAGAGGUAGCGAGAGGAAAAACAUCAGGCAGCGACGAAGAAAUGAGUAGACAGUGAGCAGUAGCGGAAAGAAGAGGGAAAUGAUAAAGAAAAAAAAAGGUCUGCGAAGGGAAUAGUUUGUGAGAAGAGAAGCAAAAGUUCGCGCGACGUACAGUAUAAUGUGGAGUAGCGUGUUUCACAAAAGCUUUUAAAAGUCGAUAUAGAAUUUAUAAAUAGAUCGGUUGGUAUACUCACAUAUGUGCACGCGUACGCAUGUGUGCGUGAUUACGCGCGCACACGUACGUGAUUUUCACUCGAGACUGAAGCGGUGAAUUAUUCUCGCACGGAUCGACUACUCGUGGGGGAAAUUCGAGAUCCGGCUUACCUUCCACAGCUGACGUCAUUACCGUACACAAUGCGCUAGGGGUGAUGGAGACAGUGAGCAAGCAAGUCCAGGUAGUGAGCGGACUGGGGGUGGGGGGUCCGGUGGGCCCAGUGGGUCCAGUGGGGGCAGAUUUGCAUCACCAUCAUCAUCCUCACCCCCACUCCCAUCCUCCACACCCACAUGCCCACCCCCACGGUCAUCCUCACGGGCCCCAUGGCCACUCACUGGUCGGCGUAACGUCGACCCCUGGCCGGGGUCAGACACAACCACCGGUCUCGCAUAACCAGCAUUUACCCGCGAGAUCUACUCCGGUACAGCUGCAUAGGCCGGCGCAGAGUUAUGUAAACAUCAAGAGCAGCAGCCCUGUGUCUCCAAGAACGAUAGGAGCAGGAGUGACGUACGUGCAGCAGGGUGGUGUGGCAGCAUCUUCAGUGGCGGCAGCGGCGGCGGGGACGGCCGGAAGUGGAAGUGGCGGAGGUCCUUCAAUCGGCGGUGGUGGCGGUAGCGGCGGAGGUGGCGGUGUUGUUAACAACGCCGGUGGUGCGAACAGCGGAACCGGAGUCGUUGGGGCUGGAGCUGGUGCCGGCGCCGUUGGAAACGUAGCACCAGCCGGAAAUGGUAACAACAACGGUACCGGUAACAGUGCUGGUGCGGGGAGCAACAGUGGCGGAAACAGCGGUACAGUGGGUGGUGCACCAGGAGGUUACGUUGCUGUACCUAUGGCUGGUAGUCUUCGGUACAUUCAUUCGUAUCCGUCAACGCCAACGUCGGCGUCGGUGCCGGCUGUAGCAACAAUGGUUACCUCGGCUUCGUCGGCACCGACUCCUGUGCCAGUUCCAGCACCCGCAGCUGCACCUGCCAAUCCACCUACAGUUAGUCAAACACCACCACCAUUGCUUUCGGGAACUGCUUAUGCCGCGAGAGAUGCAUAUCGCAGCGCCACCACGAAUGUGAACGAGAGGAUCGCCAUCAGUGUGAGCAGUAGUCCUCUGUCGCAGAUAGGAGUCGGCGUUGGAGUAGUUGCAGCCGAAUAUGCAGCGAAUAGCGGUAUAGGUAGUAUGGCCAGUGGAAGAGGGGAUAGACCGAGGAUAUCUCUUUUGCCACCUGCUUCGGUGACGCCGACACCUUCACCGACAGCACCAGAUUAUCAGCACGUGUCCAGUGCAAGAAAUUCACGAAUAGCCCUGAUGCCCGUCCAGAUGGAUCAGUAUUGCAACCGUACGCCCGUUGAAAUGGCCAAUCUGCAGGAGGCGCCGCCCUUCAAGAAGAUACGCCUCAGUCAACCGACCCAGAUUCAAUUGCAGUCUCAAUCGCAAUCUCGCUGUCAUAGUUUGUCACCCGCUGACCCUUGCGUUAAGCAGGAGCACGUGGUGCAGUUGCAACAACCACUUAGGAUAGACACUAGGGAGCAGCCGGCAACAGAAGCGUAUACUCCGCAGACCGAAGCGAUCUCACCCACGCUUCCGGAACCAAAUACGCAAGAAGAUGCACAGUUUAGGAGCACUAAGGAUGACCUUCUACAGCAAAUCUCUAAAGUCGACAGGGAGAUUGCAAAAAGGGAGUCUCAGAUAAAUAAACUUCGGAAAAAGUUGAAAGAAUUAGAAGAGACGGCUAAUAAACCUCUCGAAGCCAGCGGUCUUAAACGUCAGGUUGAAGAACAGUCUCAGCAACCAAAGCAUCAGUCUCUGGCACAAAAAAUUUAUGCUGAAAAUAGGAAGAAGGCAGAAGAAGCUCAUAGACUCCUAGAGAGGCUGGGUCCAAAAGUGGAAUUACCUCUGUAUAAUCAGCCAUCAGAUACAAGUGUGUAUCAAGAAAAUCGAACAAAACACCAAACGUGUAUGAGAGCAAGGCUUAUAGCGAGGCUUCGACGAGAACACGCUGAACGCGCAUCUCUUCAUCGGCAACAGUCACAAACGUACGCUAUUUUGGUACAGGAAUGGCAUCGUAAAGUAGAGCGAUUGGAGGCAACGCAGAAAAGGAAGUCGAAAGAAGCGAAAAAUCGCGAAUUCUUUGAAAAAGUUUUCCCUGAGUUGCGAAAACAAAGGGAAGACAAAGAACGUUUUAACAGAGUCGGUGCUCGUAUCAAGAGUGAAGCUGAUCUAGAAGAAAUUAUGGACGGCCUUCAAGAACAAGAGAUGGAAGAUAAAAAGAUGCGUUCGUAUGCAGUAAUACCUCCAUUAUUAUUGGAUACAAAACAGAGACGAAUCGCGUUUCAAAAUCGAAAUGGUCUUCUUCAACCGGAAGAAUUAGAGGCUCUUCACAGUGAACGAAAGUUAAUUAACGUAUGGAGUUCUGUGGAGCACGAACUGUUUAAAGAAAAAUAUUUACAACAUCCUAAGAACUUUGGAACGAUAGCUCAAUCUUUAGAACAUAAGUCCGUUCCAGAUUGUGUGCAUCAUUACUACCUCACUAAAAAAGCAGAAAAUUAUAAGCAGCUCUUACGAAAGUCGCGGCAACGAACACGUAGCUCUCGAAACAAUCCUAAUAAUAAAGUAAAUAAUACCAGUUCAAGUAUUGGAACUCUAGAUAUUUUAACUACGGGUGUUACGACAAGGUUGCAACGUGAGCAACAACAAAAAACACAAGAGAAUCCUCAAAAUAGUUCGGCAGCGACAUCAACUACAACGACGACGACUACGACUACGUCAAGCGUAUCAACGGCUGUUGCGGCAACAAUAGUGACAACUUCGACAACUCCUUUAAAUUCAUCAACGUCGAGUAUAUGUUUAACGACUGACUCCGUAAUAGCAUCAACGACAGCUACAACGACAUCCGUAUUGAGUACUACGACAUCGUCUGUCACAACGUCAUCGACAACAACAGCGAAGGAUAAUAGGGAAAUCAAUAAAGAAAACAAAGAAAGUAAAAUGGAGUCGAAAGAGCCGCACCUUAUUAAAGUAGAAGUGAAGGAAGAACCACAAUUAAGUUCCGAAGCAGGGUCAGGAAAGGACGUCAAAGUAAUGGAGGCAAACAAUGGCAAUGGUGGUGGUAGUAUGGUGGCCACGAGCAGGAUAAAGGAGAAGAAAAAAGAUAACCACGCCACUCCUAUGGAAACUAGCGACGAGGAAGCCCAAUCGAUGGACACCAUUGAAAGUGGUAGACAGAUUGGUCCACACGCUUGUACAGUUUGUCAAAACAUAGUCGAGGGAAACACGCAGAGCAGAGCAUUGCCACGGAGUCAAGCGUCUCAAUACGGCCUGCGAGAGGAUCAGAUUGCACCUGGUGCUCGCGUGUGUAAUACCUGCAGGUGCAAGGCCGUUAGAGGGCGGUACACCGCGUGUCCGUUACCAGGUUGUCCGAAUUUGAACAACGCAAGCUCGAAAACCAGGGUCAAGAGGCUGCGAGCGUUGCCCGCUAAGUGGCUCGACUUGCCUGCUGAAAUUCGUGAUCCAAUUGUUCAAGAAUUCCAAAUACCAAGUAACGCGACGAAAUGUUGCUCGGCCUGCUUCAAUCGAAUAUCUCGACGAUUGGCGCCACACCUGACCAGUGGUACCGAGGUGCCCGAGGACACAGCCGAUUCCCUUGCUCGACAGUGGACGGACGAGGAAUUGGAACAAUUGAGGAGAGCCCUACGAGAGCAUGGUACAAACUGGGUGAAGGUUGCCGAGCAAAUACCUGGAAAGACGAAUCAUCAGUGCAAGAACUAUUACUUUGCCUACCGAAAGAAGCUGAGUUUAGAUCAGGUGGUUGCAGAAUACUAUCAGUCAUUAGGUGAAGAAAGGAGACCUUGUUUGACGGAUGAAGAAGAGAGUGGUAGCAGUACGAGUAGCUGCGAUGAACUGGCGGUCCAUGAUUCAAGUGAUACAGCCAGUGCAGGUAGUCCAGCGAACAAUUUGUCCAGUGGAACCCCAGGUACACCAGGUGUCACAGCAUCCUCAAAUCUACCAAUGUCUUUCUCACGAUCUACGGACCAGAAGCUCGGUGAGAAGUUAGCGGAUAUUGCUGUGGUGUCUUUGGUACCACCGGUGAGCAUAGGUCCAUCACAACAGUCUUCCGCCAGUGGAAGUAGCAACGCUGCUUCGGCUGGUACUAGAGAAGAUUAUGAUAGUUCUGCCACGGAGACGGCGGACGAAGGUCAGGGAGGUACCGAUUUAGAAAAUAACAGCGUGGUCGUCACAUUGACAACUGCCAAUAACUCCACGCCGCUGCCACAACAGCAUCAACAAUCGCAUCAACAGGUGCCACCUCCUUCGCAUUCACCUCCAUCCACCACAAGCAAUUCCAAUCCCCUCACUGUGAAGGAUCUUAUGCUUGGUGUUAUUGAAAUGCAAUUGAAACGUAAUCCUAACAGUCCAGCUGGUACUGGUGGUUCUUCGGUACCAGUAAACUCUGGAACACCAACGAUAUCGAGUAUAUUAAAAACGGAUCAUAGAAAUGAUAUCACUUUUGUAAGAGAAUAUAAACCAUCCUCCACUAUGGCAAAUACUAGUAUGCCAAGAGACUCGAAUUUGGCUACCUUGUCGGUGGUAUCUGGCCCUCAUCAUGGACACCGUUCUGCUCCUAGUCCACAGCAAAUUGGUCAAAUGCAAGCAACUAUUACCCCUUGUCCACCUGCACCAUCGAGUAGCCAGUCAUCAACAUCGGACAUACUUCCAAAGGAAGGUUUAGUCGUGAUGCAAGUUCAGCAGGCACUGAGAGAAAGCACUGAAGGUACCCUUGAUCUGAGCAUCAAGAAACCGAGGCAGCAACAAGAAUACAAUCAUUCCCUGCAAACACUUCACAAGCCACCGACGGUCACUCUCUAUCGCCCAGAGCCUCCUCCAGGUGCUUACUAUCAUCCUCACGCUCAUCCCGAACAAGGACGUGGUGCCAAAAGUCCUUUGGUAUACGGGUCGUCGUCACCACGACCUCAAGCACCCCUUACACCCAAGAUGAAUAAAAUUGCAGUACCACCACCACAUCCUAAAUUGUCACCCAAGUUAAGCGCAAUAGGAACAACAAGCCAUAAAAGCGGUUCCAUUACGCACGGUACUCCUGUAUCUAGUGCACAUUACGAUGGUCUUCUUAGACAAAUGACUCCUCCAGGAAACCCUGGCAAUGCCGCUGGAACGCCUAGUGUGACCAGUGGUACCAGUGUCGUAAAUGCACCCAGCAAUCAAGGCCCUAAAGAAACAGGAUCGAUAACUCAAGGAACCCCUGUUCAUCCUUUCGCAGUGGACAAGCGUGCUCCCAUGUAUGAUUAUCAUAGAACUAUCAGACACUCACCUGUAACGACGGGUAACAUUCCUGGCCAAGGCCAGACCCAAGCCGGGACAGCAGCAGUGGUAGUAACUCAUAGUAAUCAGUACAAUUCUUAUUCGGUGCGACCACCUCCUAGUUACACCAUGGAACAACAGCUGUCGUCCAGACAAAUUAUUAUGAAUGAUUACAUUACCAGUCAACAGAUGCACGCACGUAGUCGAAGUGUUGGCACAUCUGAAGGUAGUAGUAAAAACGAGGCGCCAUCGACAUUGUACUAUACCAGCACACCCCCGCCACAGACUCAUACGCAGAAUCGACAGGGUGUGAUACAGAGGCAUAAUCCACAAAAGCAGAUUCAUUACCCGCCACCACCACCAGGACUGGAGGCAUUCUCUAGCUUGGUGGAUGUCGCUGUACAGCAACCAAGUCUUCCUGUUCCCCAUCCACAUGGUCAUCCUGCAUCUGGAAGUAGCAGUCACGAGGGUCUUGGUAAAACUAUGGCAGAUAGACUACUAGCUGAUCGUUAUGGAGAUAAGCACCGUCUAGCCAUGCAUCAGGAUCACAGAAUGGCUGUAGCUCACCAUCAUCCACGUGAUAGAGAAAGAGAACGGGAUUUGGUUCUCCUACGCGAAAAAGAGAUUCAGCAGCAGGAACAUAGAUUGGUUCAACAGAGAGAAAAGAACGUGCAACAUGCUGAGCACAGACUAUCGAUACAGCAACGAGAGAAGGAUAUACAACAUACUGAUCACCGUCUUACCGUCCAUCAACAAAGAGAAAAAGAGCUUCAUCAACAGAUGGCAGUGGUUGCUGCUCAACGUGAAAAGGAACACCAAGAACAUCGUUUAGCUGUACAACAACAAAGGGAGAGAGAUUUGGCGCAUUUACAACAGCAACAACAACAACAACAACAACAGCUUCAGCAACAUAUUCAACAGCAACAGAGAAUGGAAGCUGAAAGAAGACAUAUGGCUCAAUUGUAUAGAGAUCAGCAGCAACAACAACUUGAUAGGGAUAGCAGAUUAAUAAGUAGCGGGUUUACUCAGUCCUCUCGACUUCAACAACCUCAACAAUCCCAACAGCAACAACAACAGCAACAACAGCCAUCCUCUAGACAAAACCAGUCCUCCAACCAGCAGCAAAACGAAUCAGCAUCUACCUUAACAGCCGCCAGUUUGAUAGAUGCUAUUAUAACACACCAAAUUAAUCAAAGUGUAGAGAACACUGGUGGAAAUUCUCAGCCGCAACGACCAGGUGAUCGUCUUUUCCAGGGAUUUCACCGGGAAGCUCCAAUAGAACCUAAUGGGAUGGCUCACAGUCCUGCUGGCGAAGGGAAUGGUGGUAACAGCGGACCUGGGAGCGCAGGCGGCAAUGGAAGUGGAAAUAAACCAAUCACUCUUGGAGAACAUGUUGAUCAUAUCGUUUCUAAGGAUUAUGGUCCUCCACAUUCCUCAUACAGAUCGUAUAGUGGGUAUCAAAUCUCGGAAGAUCAGUGGAAAAGACGAAAAGCCAGUGAACCGGAUUCCGUCAAGGCUGGAGACGAGCGUCAAAUAAUUCGAGUCACGCAACAGCAGUCGCAACAGCAACAGCAGCAGCAGCAGCAGCAGCAGCAACAGCAGCAGCAACAGCAGCAGCAGCAGCAGCAGCAGCAGCAGCAGCAGCAACAGCAACAACAACAACACCAGCAUCAGCAGCAGUCAGCUUCAUCGGUAGGAAAGCAACAGUUCCAUUCGGUCGAGCCUGUUUCACCUCCAGAAGCAGGUACCAAUCACUACGGGCGUCGCCUGUAUGAAACAACCACUGCCACAUCAACUUCCGGAACUCCUUCCAAUAAGCCGCACCUUUCACCUCUGGAUUACGUUAAAAACAAAAUCGUUGAAGUAAUGCGUACAUCGGAGGACGAUAAAGGAAGUAACACAGCUGACAGAAACGGAGGAAAUGUUACGAGUGGAGAGAAGGACGAGAAAAUUGGAGGAAACGUGGAAAGUCCCUCAAGUGGAGAGAUGAUGGUCGACGAAACACCAAAUCAAACUCCUCAACCACCUGCACCGGCACCCACGACCACUUUUUAUCCGUUCAGUGCAUUAGGCGUGCACACUGGGCCGCCACCAGCACCACCACCUCCAACUUCCGGAUCCACUUCUGUGACCAAGUCUGAGCAAAUGCAAGCCGAGCCGGCACCGUUGCUUUCUGCGCAGUAUGAACCACUUUCUGACGAGGAUUGAUAGUCUAGUAAUUUAGCAACGUGUACUAAUCGACACGCUGUGAGAAUGUUCUUCUUAGGGUAUUUAUGCGGUUUGUUUAUGCUCGACGAAAGUCUUAUCCAGACUACGAUAAUGAAUAUCGAAUGUUUCACGAUUACUAAUGUUUUUCGGGCGUUAGCCAUUGCGUUCUAACUGGUCGUGUCCAAUAGUUUCUCUAAUAAUAGUCGAAUCGAAGAGAUUUUCUCGUAUUUCGUUUCGUUCCGUUCGUUUUUCACUCUUAUUCUUUCUUUUUUCUUUUCUUUUUUUUAUCACGAACUUUAUCGUAUUCCGAAAUGGAGAUUAUAGUACGAUGUUUUUAAAUAGAAUUUAUUAUUUUAUAAAUUUCAUAUUCCGUCAGUGUAUUCUUUUAGUCGAGGAUCGUUUCCGUACUCUCUGUGUACGUAAAUGUGAUUAUUUUACAGAAGCAUUA